ACCUGAUGAGAGCGAGGGGCAGCGGUGAGCAGACAGACUUCGGGUUAUAAGCAUCAGCGGAAGAAUUGGAAGGACCAUUAACCAUGCAGGUGGAAAAACGGUUUCCAUAUAAACGGAUAAAUAGGGCAGCUGUGGAUGCAGAUAAAGACUCAAUGCGGAUUCCAUCACUGUGAUUUAUACUCCGUUUGGCAUCGGCUUUCUUGGUGGCAAAUUAAUAACCCGUCGUAAAGAAGAAGCAGGAGGAGGUGGAAAGGCUUCAAUAAAGGACGGACAAAAAGGGGGAGUGCGUAAAAAAAAAGGGGGGGAGAGCAGAUAAAACCUGAGCGUGGAUCAUGAGCUCUGCAUUGCCUUACGACUCGCUUUCGGCUCGGCCGAGUCCCAGCAGAAGAGCUCUGGACUUGGAGCGGGAGCAGUUAGCUGUCAGACGACUUUCCUCCCCACUUGGUGUAAACCUGCUAACUCCUCCUCCGCUUCCUCGCCGACCUUCUGCCAUCCCAGGCUAUCUGCUGCCUCCCUACCAAGAACAAGAGGAACAGCUUCACCAGCAGCUUCAGCGUCUGUCCUUAUCUGUUUGCUCAGAAGCAUCCCUGGCGCCUCCUGCUCCUCCCCUGGUGGGUGCAGCCCCACCGUGCUGUCACCCAGUGGGAGUCAUGCACCUCCUUCGUCUGGGACUCCUGGCUUUCAGCUGCCUCUUCUGGGCGGCUGGAUUGGCCAUCUUCACCCUAGGUGUAUGGGCACAGAUCUCUUUGGCGGACUACAUGACACUGUCAGCCAAUCGGUACCCCAACGCCCCGCUUAUCCUUCUCUCUACUGGUGCUGCGGUAACUGCGUGGGGUUUCCUUGGUUGCCUUGGGGUGGCUGCAAACUUGCCCUGUGUCCUGAGGGCCUACGGGUUCUUUCAACUUGCCACUCUAGUUGCCGGUUUGGCUGCUGGACUUUCAGGGCUCUUCUACCGCGAAGACAUUGCUGGAGGAUUUCGCAGUGGCUUGCAGCGAGCCGUGGCAGGCUACACGGAAGAUGAAGGCCGUGCCGACGCUCUAGACAGUCUUCAGAGGGCCUUGGAGUGCUGCGGCGCUGAGGGUUGGCGCGACUGGCUGACGUCGGACUGGGCCAUCCAGCAUAUGACCUUUGUCCCCAUGGAGAACGGCACCUCGGUGUCCCUUCCAGACAGCUGCUGCGUGAGGCGGAAGGGCUGCAAGAAUCGUCCUCUCCUGUCAGAUGACAACGACGGAGUGGCUGCUGCAGGAAUCCACCCACAUGGCUGCUUUCGUAAAGUCUUCAGCUUGGUCAACGACAAUGUCUUCCACAUUGCUGCAACUGUGUUAGGAUUAGCCUUCACACAGAUAGGAGGCAUCGCUCUGGCUUGUCUGCUGGCCAACAAACUAGCACCUAGACAGCAUGAACGGGUAGUGGCGCACUGAUGGUCCAUCUAAAGAUUUUACUGAUCUGAUGACCAAAAGGUUCUUAAUGAGUGAGGCCAUCUUUCUACAGGAAGAAAGCAUCAAGCAGAUCAUUUAAAACUAAUGUAUCAUAUUAAAAGAUGGAAAUUUCCUUCCUUCACAUGACCGAUAUUAAUUUUAAGUCUUGUACUUUUUAAGCUGAACUGAAAAACAAAGAAUGAGAAUGUCCUACGGGUAGCUCAGAACUUAAUAAUUUAAUGCGUUUAAGUUGAAUAUUACCAGAUUCUAUGAUGCUACAUGUUUGGAAACAGACCUGGUUCCUGAUUUCUUCCUAUUUCUUCAGCUUUUGA